GGUUCCCCGCGAGUGUCUUUGUGGGUGAUACGUACUGCUACUUUGCCGGGAUGACCUUUGCGGUGGUGGGCAUCCUCGGCACGUUCAGCAAAACCGUGUUGCUAUUCUUCAUCCCGCAGGUCCUCAACUUCGUGUACUCGACCCCGCAGCUGUUCAGGCUUAUUCCCUGUCCCAGGCAUCGCAUGCCCAGGUUAAAUAAAGAAACCGGCCUACUGCAAGCGAGUAGGCACGAAUACCUGCUGUCAGAGGUCAAGUCUCCAGGAGUUUUCGUGACGAAGCUGUUGCUCAUGACAGGGUUGGCGUGUGCUACAUCUGAGCCCACGGGCGACAAGGCGGAUCAGAAAAUCUCCAUGAGCAAUCUAACUAUGAUCAACAUGGUACUGGACAUUUGUGGGCCCAUGCGAGAGGACAAGCUCACUACAUUACUGUUAGUUGUGCAAUCAAUUGGCGUCGCACUUGCUUUCUUAAUACGAUACCGGCUUGUGUUCUUGUUCUACGACCACAAUUAGAGACCUCAGCACUCUGCAAUUCGAAUAACUAGCAAUGUAUAUAAUAGACAAUUUACGCGUGUUUAUAAAUUAUUAGAAGCAUUAUGAUCAAUA